CUUAUAAUCCAAAAAAAAAAUUGUUCUGGUUUGUUUCUCCAGAAAAAAUUAUGUGAAUGAUUUGAUCUCAGCCUAUAUGCCUAUUAUUUAUUUAUUUAUUUUAUUUUCUUGAUCAAUAUAGAUGCAUAUAUAAUUUAUUCUGUCAUUGCGAUGGUUCUCAAAACACCAAAUUGUUGUACUGGCAUGGCAGUGUCAAGAGCUGCUCCAAAGGGUAAAUUGUCUGCCUUGUUCGCACACUCACAAACUCAAAGACCCACAUCUUCAAAUCCCACCACUUCUCCUGAAAAUCCCAUCAAAAUGUCAUGUUUGUUCACCAAUCCUACAAUAUCCACUUCUUCAAAUCCCAAAACGAUGACUCCCAAUGUUCCAGUUGUUCGCACACAGCUCGAGAAAUUCCUCAAUAUAAACUGUCCACUUGCUAAGAGUAAGCAUUAUAGUCAUGUUUUGUCACUUUAUGCUAGAAUGGAUUCCAUUGGGAUAUUGCCUGAUUUAUUCACGCUCAACAUUUUGAUUAAUUGCUUUUGCAAGGUGAAUCAGGUAUGUGGUGGUUUUAUGGUUUUGGGAAAUAUGAUUACGAGGGGUUUUAGACCAGAUAAUGUCACUUACACAACCUUGGUAAAGGGUUUGUGUGUAGAAAAUAAAAUAUUUGAGGCAACCAAGUUGUUUAAGAAAAUGGUGAAGUUUGGGUGUCGGCCUAGCAAGUAUACUUGUUCCAUUCUGAUUAAGGCGUUGUGUCAAACUAGAAAUACGUGCAUUGCAGUUAAGUUGCAUGAAGAAAUGACUGACAGGAAUAGUGGUUAUGGCAUUUAUUGUCAGCCGGAUCAAAUUUGGUAUAAUACUAUAAUUGAUGGACUUUGUAAAGAGGGAAUGGUAGAAAAGGCAAGAGAACUUUUCUCAGAAAUGAAAGAUGCAGGGAUUCUUCCUGAUGUGUAUGGUUAUAACUCUAUAAUACUUGGUUUAUGCUAUGACGGAAAAUGGAAAGAGGCUAAUGGUUUGUUUACUGAGAUGCUGGAUGAAGGGGUCCGGCCUAAUGUGGUUACAUUUAGUGUGUUGAUAGAUGUGCUUUGCCAAAAGGGACAGAUGCAAAAAGCUAAUGAUAUUCUAGAACUGAUGAUUCAGAGCGGUGAGAAUCCUAACUCAUAUACAUACACUAGUUUGAUAACUGGCUUCUGUAUAGCAGAUAGGUUUGAUGAAGCAAAGAAACUAUUUCUUUCUAUACCAAGUAAAGGGUGUGAAAUUGAUGGUCAUAACUUCUGUGCAUUGAUCAAUGGGUAUUGCAAGAAGUGGAAGACUGAGGAAGCUAUGAAUCUGUUAAGGGAAAUUGUUCUCAAGGGAGUUAGGCCCUCGGUUGAUACAUACAAUGCCUUAUUAACUGGUCUUUUCCAGGCAGGUAAGGUUGAAGAUGCUCGCAGGGUGCUGCACGAGAUGCAAGUUCAAGACCUGUCACCUGAUUCAACUACUUAUGUCAUAUGUGUGGAUGGGUUUUGCAAGAAUGAUUGUGUUCUAGAGGCCCUGGAACUUUUUCAUAAUUUGAAAAACUGUAAGUUUGGAAUAAAUAUUGACAUCUUCAACUCCCUCAUUAAUGGAUUGUGUUUGUCUGCAAAGCUUGAAAUCGCUCUGGAGCUGUUUAAUCAGUUGCCUUGCAUGGGUCUGGUGCCUAAUGUUGUAACAUACACCAUCAUGAUCAAGGGCUUUUGUAAAGAAAAGUUAUUGGAGAAGGCAAAUGGUUUGCUUUUAGAAAUGGAAGAAAAGGGUUGUGCUCCAGAUAUUGUUACAUAUGAUACGCUAAUGCGUGGUUUUUUGAAAAAUAGUAAAUUGUCAAACGUUGUGGAACUUCUUCAUAAAAUGGCAGAGAAACAUGUUUUACCAGAUGCCUCUACAUUCUCUAUUGUGAUAGAGUUACUCUCAAUUGAUGAAAAAUAUCGUGAAUGUUUAGACUUACUUCCAAAUUUUUUACCCCACAAGAACGUGUAAAAAGAUGACAUUAGUAAUUUAUGGUCAUCAGCAUGUGCUUUCAGCCAAAUUUCUUUAGGGGAAGGACUUUAAUUGAAGGUUAUUUCUUCUACCGGAUGAAUCUCCCUGUUAUUGUAUGUAGAGUGAAAAUGCAAGUGAUGGGUUUAACCAGUAAGAAUCUGAUGAGGGCAUAUCAAUUUGCUUAGUAAGGAUUGGAUUACUGUGACCUGGCUGAAUGUGUUUGUGCGAGGUUACUAAAUCUAACAUAAGCAUUCAGCAAAACUUCUUCAUUGGGAAGCACUUUGAAUGAAGGAUAUUUCUUCAACCGGAACUACAGAAUCCAAGGCGUUUGUUCCCAUAAUCCAAACUCCAAGUUGUUAUUGUGUUUAAAUGUUAGAACUAAGGGGUUGGUCAAUUAACUAGUCACAUUCCCAUGAUGUUGAUCAAUUGAAUUUGAAGGAUUGAUUUUGUAUGACCUCUCUUAAAAUGUUUACGACUUAUUUGAAUAAAAAAGUUUGCUUUUAGAAAUUGGAACA